CCCCGUCCACACAGCGAGCGUUCGGAGAGGCCAAUAUGGCGGAGUCCUCCUUGGGGAAUUCCAGCCCAGGGGUGUCGGUAGGUUCGGACAGCGUGGAGUUUGAGAUGAGGGAUUACGAUGAAGAUAGAACGGCGGACGAGGAGGAGCUGAUGCAGGAUAGCAGCUUCACCAACGAGAUGGAGGAGCUGAAUCAGGAGAGCCAGAUGCCCAUCCAGGAGCUGCGCAGUCUGUACGGAUACGAGGGCUCCGGCUCUCCCGAGGACGAGGAGGAGGAGGAGGAGGAGGAGGAGGAGGAAGAGGAGGAGGACGGAGACGAGGACGAGGAGGAGGAGGAUGAGGAGGAGGAGGAUGAAGGAGAGGAGCUGGAUAAUGAUGAGAGCAGCAGGAGCACCGGAGAACUCAAGAGGAACAAGGAUGAAGGGAUGAAGGUCUCUCAGAACACAGCCGCUCAGUCAGUGGUGGAUAGCCGUUCUCUCUCUGCUAAGAGCGGCGGUGCGGCGGAUCUGAUACGACCACAGAACUGCAGAUUCUUCCACAGUAACGAAGGCGAUGAAGAAUCAGAGGAGGACGAGGACUACGUUCCCUCAGAAGACUGGAAGAAAGAGAUCAUGGUGGGCUCCAUGUACCAGGCUGAGAUCCCCUCAGGUCUCUGCAGAUACAGAGAGAACGAACGAGUGUACGAGUAUGACGACCAGUUACUGUGGAACCCUGAAAUGCUCCCUGAGCACACGGUGGUGGAGUUCCUGACCGAGGCCUGCAGACGCACCGGGGACGAGACCGGGGUCCACGGCAUUCCUGAGGGGUCGCACAUCAAAGAUAACGAGCAGGCGCUGUAUGAACUGGUGAAGUGUGACUUCUCCACUGAAGAAGCUCUGCGCAGACUCAGGUUUAACGUUAAAGCAGCUCGAGACGCGCUGUUGGUGUGGACGGAGGAGGAGUGUCGACAGUUCGAACAAGGCCUCAAAGCGUACGGAAAAGAUUUCCACCUCAUCCAGGCCAACAAGGUCAGGACGAGGUCGGUAGGAGACUGCGUCGCCUUCUAUUACAUGUGGAAGAAAUCGGAGCGCUACGACUUCUUCGCUCAGCAGACCCGACUCGGCAAGAGGAAGUACAACCUUCAUCCGGGGGUCACGGAUUACAUGGACCGACUGCUGGACGAGAGUGAGAGUGCAGCAUCGAGUCGAGCUGCCACGCCCUCCAUCACUAUCAGCCAGUUAGAGAAGGAGGAUGUCUCCACCCACAACGGUGUCCACAGCUGCACCCCAAACUCAGACUCCCAAGGUUCCCUCCCCAGCACCAAGCCAAAAUGUGAGAACCCGCCGUCGGAGCGAGCCGAGAAGAGCCGCGACUCCAACGGCUGCGACAGGAACGGCUCGCUGAAGCGCCCGCACGAACCCCAGAACGCGGAACGGCCCAAUAAAAGAUGCAGGACGGAUUCAGAAGCGGCCGUGCACACGGAAAUGGACCUCACGGAGGCUAAGGAGGACUGACCUCCUCCAUCUGGACUCCUCUGUUCAUACUGAGAUGUUCCCCCAUCAUGGUCACGGGACACGACACGGUCACACCGGGCCGGACUUCAGCAGGACUCGGAACCUCUCAGCACACAGAGGUGGACUGCUGGAGCUGGACACCUUCUACCCUCUACUGCUGACGACGCCAAACACAGGGCUGCAGGUCCAGGAUGGUCACAACCACUCGUUUACACCAAAAAGAUCUCCACAGGAUGGGGAAGCAGGAUUCAUCCGAGUGUCCGCUCAUCCAGACGUGAACUUUUCUGGGGAUUACAGAACUCAGAACUGCAGAUUCAGGACAGAUGGACCCUAUAUUCUUAAUGAAAUGAACUUUUUUAGGGGUUACGGAACCCAGAAGUGCAGAUUCCUGGAUAGUGACCGUAUAUUCUUAAUGAAAUGAGCGUUUUUAGGGGUUAAGGAGCCCAGAACUGUAGAUUCUGGACAGAGUGACCCUCUAUUUACAAUGAAAUGAAUUUUUUUAGGGGUUGUGGAACCUAGAGCGCAGAUCCAGGACAUAUUGACCCUUUAUUUACAAUGAGAUUAGCUUCUUAGGGGUUAUGGAACUCAGAAAUGCAGUUCCUGGACAGACUGACCCUCAAAUCAUAAUUAAAUGAGCUUUUUGGAGGGUAACAGUUAUUCUGGACAGACUGAUCAUCUAGUCACAAUAAAAUACAGUUUUUAGGGGGUUACGGAACCCAGAACUGCAGAUCCAGGACAGACUGACCCUCUAGUCAUAAUGAAAUGAAGUUUUUUGGAGGGUAACAGACCCCAGAACUGCAGAUCCAGAACAGACUGAGCCUUUAUUUUAUAGAGCCCAGAACUGCAGAUUUUGGACAGAUUGACCCUCUAAGUCAUA